AUGGAGCAGAUGCAGCACGACAGUAUCCAGCGAAUGCACGAAAUACUCGAUGAGCGUCUCCACCAGCAUUCGAAGGAUCACAAGGAGCACCUUGUGGACAAUCUGGAAGUGCUACAUGCUGCAGUCAAGUCGGGAGCCCAACAGGUGACACUGGAUGGUGCUCAGCUGAAGCAGAUCAAGGACAUGCUGAGCCAAGAGUCCAGUAAUACCCGCAAGGCUGUGGUCUUACACAAGGACCUCCUGGAUGAUGUGGCGAAGCAGCAGAAAGUCCUGGAAACCCUCCAGGAUGGAAGCCUGGCACAGGUUCGAGAAGUACUGCAGGACCAACAAGCUGGGACUCGACAGAUCUGCGACCGAGCUACCGAGCUGUCGGAUAAACGGAUAGCUUUGGACAGACUGGUGGACGCCCUGGCAGGAAGUCUUCAGAAAAUAUCGAACGAAAGUCAUGUCGGCUUUACCCGGGCAGAGCAAGAAGCGGAGAAAAACCACAACAUGUGGGUGUCCGAGAAUGGCAGCGUCAAAAGCUACCUCAACAGGGCGGUUCCCCUUAUCAGGGGAUCCAAGGAGAACAAAGACAAGAUCGCUCAAGGCAUGACGGAGCUGGCUGAGGAGUGCGAUGGGAUCAGGCGCAGGAUCGAUGACUUGCUGAUUGAUCGAAUCAUGCGCCACCUGGGAAGCACUGAGCAUGUCGUCGGCGAGAUCCGUGAAAGUCUUGACCAAGUAUGGAGCUGGCUGACGGACAUAUGCAGGAAUGUCCAAGAUGUCACGAGCCGUGUUCGGGAGUUAGAUGAACGCCUGAUGGAGAGGCUUCCGAAGCUUCCGGCGCGCAAGCCACCCAACCAGUCUGGAGGGACGAGCACUGGCACAAACACUGAGAGAGAGCACCAACCGCUGCAGACCAUCAGGCUUCAGGAAGCGGUGCCAGCCUCGUCGUCCCGUCCGAUCUUCGUGAGUACGGCCCAGCCGUUCAUUGUGGCGCCGCCACCAGGCCAAGGCGCCCCUUUAAUCCUCACGCAGGCACAGCAAGAUGCACUGCAGAGGCAUGGACACUAUGUGUUCAGAGGAUGA